AUGGAAUCAUGUCACGUGCCUGCUCCCGAUGCACGUGUUGAAGCGAACAAGCAUUACUCUCAAGACACCACUCAUACUUUCUUAUAUUUCAUCGAUGUAGUUGUCAUGGAUAAGACAACUGUUCGUUUUUAUACGAAUAACAAAAAAAGUAAGCUUGCUCUUGGAAUUACCUCAUUCACCAAAAUUUUCUAUUCAUUCCGGACGAACAUAUGGAAGGUCAACGAGCGCAAACCAAGUGCAGCGCGAUACUUGCAGAUAAUUAAAGUGGAUAAUAGAGAUAGAGUGGAUAAUAGAGUUUUCGACACCACUUUUUUGCAUAGUCUUCCAGGCUCAUUUCCAUGGAAGAUUACAUGCGAACAACACUCACAGAAGAUUUUUCGGCCUCAUUGCAAAAUAUGGAUCCAUAAAGGCAAAAUGUUCCCAGAUAAGAUUCUCGCUUCUGAGUGA